AUGGUUGCCAUGUCAGAUUACCAGUAUCACAGCCAGGUCAAACAGGUGUGUUCGUCAGAUUACCCAGUGUCCACAGCCAGGUCAAACAGGUGUGUUCUUCAGAUUACCAGUAUCACAGCCAGGUCAAACAGGUGUGUUCGUCAGACUACCAGUAUCACAGCCAGGUCAAACAGGUGUGUUAGUCAGAUUACCAGUAUCACAGCCAGGUCAAACAGGUGUGUUCGUCAGAUUACCAGUAUCACAGCCAGGUCAAACAGGUGUGUUAGUCAGAUUACCAGUAUCACAGCCAGGUCAAACAGGUGUGUUCGUCAGAUUACCAGUAUCACAGCCAGGUCAAACAGGUGUGUUAGUCAGAUUACCAGUAUCACAGCCAGGUCAAACAGGUGUGUUCGUCAGAUUACCAGUAUCACAGCCAGGUCAAACAGGUGUGUUAGUCAGACUACCAGUAUCACAGCCAGGUCAAACAGGUGUGUUCGUCAGAUUACCAGUAUCACAGCCAGGUGUGUUCGUCAGACUACCAGUAUCACAGCCAGGUCAAACAGGUGUGUUCGUCAGACUACCAGUAUCACAGCCAGGUCAAACAGGUGUGUUCGUCAGAUUACCAGUAUCACAGCCAGGUCAAACAGGUGUGUUAGUCAGACUACCAGUAUCACAGCCAGGUCAAACAGGUGUGUUCGUCAGACUACCAGUAUCACAGCCAGGUCAAACAGGUGUGUUCGUCAGACUACCAGUAUCACAGCCAGGUCAAACAGGUGUGUUAGUCAGAUUACCAGUAUCACAGCCAGGUCAAACAGGUGUGUUAGUCAGAUUACCAGUAUCACAGCCAGGUCAAACAGGUGUGUUAGUCAGAUUACCCAGUGUCCACAGCCAGGUCAAACAGGUGUGUUAGUCAGAUUACCAGUAUCACAGCCAGGUCAAACAGGUGUGUUAGUCAGAUUACCAGUAUCACAGCCAGGUCAAACAGGUGUGUUCGUCAGACUACCAGUAUCACAGCCAGGUCAAACAGGUGUGUUCGUCAGACUACCAGUAUCACAGCCAGGUCAAACAGGUGUGUUCGUCAGACUACCAGUAUCACAGCCAGGUCAAACAGGUGUGUUCGUCAGACUACCAGUAUCACAGCCAGGUCAAACAGGUGUGUUCGUCAGACUACCAGUAUCACAGCCAGGUCAAACAGGUGUGUUAGUCAGAUUACCAGUAUCACAGCCAGGUCAAACAGGUGUGUUAGUCAGAUUACCAGUAUCACAGCCAGGUCAAACAGGUGUGUUAGUCAGAUUACCAGUAUCACAGCCAGGUCAAACAGGUGUGUUCGUCAGACUACCAGUAUCACAGCCAGGUCAAACAGGUGUGUUAGUCAGAUUACCAGUAUCACAGCCAGGUCAAACAGGUGUGUUGUUCAGAUGA